UGUUGCCAAGCAUGGAGAUCUAAGGCCCAAGGCAACCUUUAUGACUUUUAACUUUUAUGUAAUAGUAAUAUGAAUAUGUUUGACAAUGUCUUGACGUGAGUCAGGAAAAUGUAAGAGCCAACAUAAUAUCAAAAUAAUCUUUGUUAUACACACACAAAUUUUUGUCCCAGUCAAGACAACAUUAUGGGUUGUGGAACAUCACAGCCUUCUUCAAAACAAAGCACUAACAAUGAUGAAUUCUAUAGAAAUAAAGAUAUAAACCAAUCAAAUCAUGAGAAAGUAUCUAAAAAACACAACAGGGAACAUGAUAAUAUUGAUCACACAUCCUACAAUAGAGAAAACUACCAAAUAAAUGAAAAGAAAUUAGAUCACAGAAGAUAUGAUGAUGAUUAUAGUGAUAAAUACCAUCAUGAUAAUGAACAUAUCAGUAAAGAUGUAGCUAAAACUAAAAAUAAUGACGACCCAUACAUUGAGAAACCCUUGCAAGCAAGCUAUAAGUCUCAUCGUCAGCCUACUCCUCCUCCAAAUCAAGAAACACCCAUAGAUUACACAGAAGAUGACACUCCUUUUGAUGAUGAUGGGAUAGAAGACCAGGAAGACUAUAGCCUAAACAGCUCCGGUCUUAUGGUGAAAACUGUUGAUUUUCGAGGAUACUAUAUUGAUGAAGAAUCAGAUGAAAAGCCAAGAGUAGAUCCUGGAAACUUAUUUGUUGAUGAAGAGUUUCCUUUAGAAAUUGCUAUUGUUCAAGACAACCAAAAUGUUGAAUGGAAGAGACCAAAGGAGUUUGUAGAAAAUCCACAACUGUUUACAGAGGGGUCCACUCGAUUUGAUAUUGGACAGGGGACAGCUGGGACUUGUUAUUUCUUAUCUAUUGUUGCUGAUAUUGCUGACAAACCUGACCUCAUAAAACAAGUAAUUCCAGAUUCUGCCUAUUACAUUGAUGACCCAGACAGAUAUGAUGGCGUUUUUCAUGCUAGGUUUUUUCAGUUUGGUAAAUGGGAAGAUGUUUAUAUUGAUGAUUAUCUGCCUGUUGUUUAUGACAAUGUUUUGUGGGGAGCCAAGUCAAGCACUGAUAGCAAUGAAAUGUGGGUGGCUCUAUUGGAAAAAGCUUUUGCCAGACUGCAUGGUUCCUAUGAUGCCAUAUAUGGUGGUCAGCCUGGUGAUGCUUACCUUCAAUUAACUGGUGGAAUAGGGGAGAGAAUUGAACUGGAUGGCUUACAAGAUAAAGCCUCUUCCAUCUUCACCCGCAUUAAAAAUGCACUGGGCUCUGGUUGUCAAUUGACAUGUGUUGUUCCAGACGAGUAUGACAAUUAUAAAGGACUUGUUGGUGGACAUGCUUAUUCUCUUGUAGGAGCUAUACAGGCAGGCAACACUCAAUUGAUCCGUGUACGUAACCCAUGGGGACAUGGAGAAUGGAAGGGUGCUUGGUGUGAUGGGAGCCCUGAAUGGAAUAAAAUACCUGAAGGUGCAGUUAAAGCUCCAAAUAAAGAUGAUGGAGAAUUUUAUGUCUGUCUCUCAGACUUCAUGAAGUAUUUUUCACAGACCACUAUUUGUUCCCUUACACCAGAUUUUGACAUGGAUGGCAGCUCUGAUUCUCUUAAUCAUAUCCUUAGCAUCUUUGGUGAAUGGAGAGGCCCUCAGGCUGCUGGAUUCCAUAAAUUGCUGCAAAAUCCAAGAAUUUACUUUAGUGUGACUGAUCAGGGGGUUGUUGAUGAUGGUUCUGUCCCUUUUGUUGUCCAGAUGAUACAACAUUCAAGAACUGUUAUCAAUAAUAAAAAGAAAAAAACAGACAACAUAUCCAUGCGGUGUGAUGUGUUUAAGGUUUUGGGUGAUAAGAUUCGACCAACAGGCCGCUGCAUAGCUCUUGAAAUUCAGGGCAAGAAAAACAAUGUUUAUACACCAGAACUGCAGACCUCCUUUAGGUUUAAGCUUAAGCCUGGUCGGUACAUGAUCAUCCCAUCUACAGUAGAUGAAGGCCUUGAGAAGGCAUUUCUGUUGAGACUUUUCAGCCCAGCACCUAUACUAAAUGUCAAAGAAAUUCCUCAAGAUGUGAAAUUGACAUCAUGUGAAAAUGAAGAAACUCUUGAGGUGAGAGGCAAGGUGCAUCAGCUGACUUUUGAGAAAACACUGUUUGGAGAAUUCAUUAAUGGAGUAAAUGCUGGUGGUCAAGUUUCAAACCAAGAUAGCUAUCAGCUUAAUCCUCAGUAUCUGAUCAUAAUCCCAGAUACAGGUAGAGAUGUUCCAAUUGUUAUACAUGUCAUGCAAGACAAUAUUGAACCACAAUAUCCUAUUGGGAUUAGACUAUUUCAAAUUCCAGAAGACCAGCGCCCACCACUUGAUACACAAUUCUUGUAUGAAAAUUACAACUCAUGUCCGACUAACCUGGAAGGUGCCCAGUCUAAAUUUAUGAUCUCUUGGGAUGUGGAUUCUCGAUAUGUUCUAGCCCCAGGUCGAUACAUUGCCCUAGUCCACCUUGAUGAACCUGGCACAGAAAAAUCUUUUACUAUUCUCUUUAAGUCGACAACUCAUGUCAGCAUAAAAGGUUUUCAAACAGAUUGAUAUAGAUGUUACAAUUGACGCUGAGGUUGAUUAAUCACAACACCUAAUUCAACUUUUUUUAUUUGUAAAUUUUUAUUUUAUUGUUAGUGAUAGGAAGCUUUAAUUUGUUAUACUUUGAUUUUGAAGUAGGUAUACUUUUCUAUAUUUUGACGAAUCUCCUAAAUGGCAUUCAAACUUUAUAUUCUUUUACUCUUAAUUGCUCACUUAUACAAACUCUUUAGUCUUUUAUGAAUUUUUGUCGGAGGAUCAGGCUCUCAGACUUAAUCUCAAAUUUUUCAAGUCUAAUAAUAAUAAAUUACAUGACUUUACACUUGUACCUCAAUACUGUUUUAUUGAAGAAAUAUACUGCACAUAGGCUGUUUUUGUAAAUAUUUCUUUUGAAUGUCAUAUAUUAUCCCCUAACUAUGUUAAAUAACUGUAAAGUUUGCUAGCUCAGCACAUGUUAACUGGACACAGUGCACUUAUCAGGGAUAAUGCACAGCAAGUUUUGAAUAAAACUAGGAGUCAGAACAAAAUGACACCAAAAAAAUUAUAAAAUGUUUACACAUUUUAUUUUUGAACUUUUAAUUUAGUUAAUUACUUAAGACUUAUUUGAUCUUUGACAAUUAGUCAUGCCAUUUUAUGGUAUUGGUACAUGAAUGUUUAUUGCUUUCUUUAUAUCUGCUUUAGCUACCUACUUUUUUUUAAAUAUAUAUAUUUUUUUUAGAAUAAAUUGUUUUAGAGCUUGUAAUCAAUAUUAAUCAAAUUUUGUUAAUUAUAUAAAAUCAAAAUAUUUAACUGGGGACAUUAAACUUACUUUUAGCAAUAUAAAUAUAAGUAAUGUAUCAAUUAAUUCAUUUUUUAAAUUUCAUACUGGUAACAUUUUCUUUUAAAUACAAAAAUAGCUAUUUUUUACUGUUGCUCUCUUGAAAGUUAACAAACUAAAUAUUGCUUUAAAUUUGGAAAUUUAAUUUUAAUAGAGUAUUUAAUUCCAAGGUUAAACUUGUAGAAAUUACAACCGCUACAUUGUUUUUAAGGAAUGGACAUUUUAGCAUGCAAAGUGCCUUUGUUAUUUUUGGUGUCAGUUUCUGCUCAAUCAUUUAAUUAAGUCUACACAAAUUUUGAGAUCAUACUAAACUGCUGGUUUUUGUUGCAUACUUAAAUGACUGUGAUAUACGUGUAUGUGAUUUAUUUAGUUUCAAUCAAAUGUUCUUGAUUGUCUAUUAUCUUUAGACUUUACUUAAAUUUUACAUGCUGUGAUAAAUUUAUUUUUAUGGGAGAUAUAUUUGUUAUUCAUGUUAUAGUUAUAAUGGUCAUGUCAUAGUAUUUUUUCUUAAUUUCGCUUGCCAAAAUUUGUCGGUAAAUCAAUAGUAUAUCAGUAUUUUAAAAUAUUUUGUGGUAUUUUAUCUUUACAAAAACUAGUCAUUUUUUCAUUGUAAAAAAAUUGUUUCAGAAAGAUUAUACCUAACUUUUGUUAGAAUAUCUGUUAUAUUUUCCUCUUGUAAUUUUACAGCUACUGUUUGGUCUAUUUUUUCUUCUAUGUUUUACACUUUAUCUUAGCUUUAAAAACAAUAACACUUUACACUGUAGUCUUGUGCAAACUAAAUGAAAUCCACUAAGUUUAUCAUUGGCUUAUAAAAUUAUCAAUAACAAUGAGGAGCAGAGUUCUUUUUGUAAACCUUUAGUUUUAGCUAGAAAAAAUCUGCAUUGGUUGCUUUUU